GCUACAUGACUUUGAAGCUCUCAAACAACUCUCUACACCCCGUAGUCCGCCUUUUUCGAUCGAGAUACAGCUUCUGAGUACCUCAGAUCCCGCCGUCUGAUCGUCCACCUCCCUCCACCACGUCCGUAUCACGACAGAGGCACCGUUUUCCUGUGCAUGCCACAUCACCCUCUCUCCCUCUUCAACCCGUUCGAUCUCUACCUCUCCGAUAGCCACCAUCAUCAUGCUGAACCGAGUCCCCCGUCUCGCCACGCGCUCAGCGCAGCCUUUGGUCUCUCGCCUCCGCAUGCAACAACCUCUGCAAGUUCGGACUGCCCAGCCUUUCCGUCUUGCGAGCUCUCAUUCCGCCGCCCACGAACUCAAGGGCAGUGACGGUGGCCACGAACACGAUGAACAUCAUGGCCAUGAUGACCAUUUCGACCCUCCCGGCGGUUGGCUGUGGGGUAUCAGACCCGGUGAAAAGGCUGAGAAGGAAGGUUGGGAACCUUUGGCCUAUGUCUUUGUCGGUGCGUGGGUGGUUGCGGUGGCGGCUUAUACAAUGAAAGAGGACACAUCGAUACAAACGUGGGCGUUAGAAGAGGCCCGGAGAAGACUUGAGCAAGAAGGGUUCUAUGACGAAUCAAAGUAAAACUCUUGACCAUGUUGGAACACUGCACGGCUGCAGAGACCACUCCAACUAGUCAAGCAAUGUGGGGCUGAACGACUGACCAACAUUGCCGGCCAUUCGAUCAGCAUAUCACCGUGUCCUUUCGGCGUUUUUGGGCUGUUGAAUGUUUUCAGAUGCACAAGAUGCAAAUACGCAACUGCGAGUCCAGACCGCGUGGUCUCCCAAGAGCCACCGGGAUACAAAUGCAGGAGAUACAAAUUUCUACCGGGAUCGGAUCAGAUCAAAAGGCAGAUAGAGCCUCUGAGGAGCCCUGCUGAGGGUGCCAUAGUGCAACAAAGUCAGAACAUGUUAUAGGGUGUCGGGCUAGCUGCUGGUUGACAAACCGAUGUUAACCUGACCCUAACUGGUGUUUCUGCCAUGGUAUCAUAGUAUGCAGCUCACGUUCUUGUACAUAUGAAUCCCUAUGCCAUGAGAUUUCUCCAAGAGUUAAGAUGAGAGGUUUCUUUCCUCCUGUGUAUUGAUCCUCUGAACCAAAUUACCGAACUAUUGUCCCGUGGUCAUCCAUCUAUUUGUCUGUUGAUGGAUCAUCUAUCAUCUAUCAUCC